AUGGACAGCGAUUUGGACGCUGCUGGCCUGCAAGGGCAAGCCUCCAACAUUGACCAUGCCCAUGUCGAAACAGCUCAACACCGCGACCAGGACGCCCAGCAUCUGCACCACCGACUCCCUGAGCUGCAGACUCACCACCACCAGGAUCUCCUCUCCUUCAACUAUCUCGCCGCCCAGCAGAAUUCCCGGACCGCUCUGGUCCACGAGCAUCAGACUGCUGGCUCAGACGAUCAACAUGCCGUCUUCUCACCCGUAAACCCCGAUGACUUCUACAACACCUACCGAGUCCACCACCACGACAACAGCCACUUCCACCCCGACGGCUUCGCCAUGGCUUCGGCCUCGAUUCGCUCGCCGCCGGUGCAUCCCAAUGGCGAUGGCGGAUCACAGAACCAUGCCGCCCCCGCUGCUCCGGCUCUCACCAUUCCAAGACCCAGCAACCUUCGAUCCGUCUCGAAUCCAGUCGACAGCAAGGGCGGGCCCCGGAUGCCCUCUGGCAAACCAAGCGUCAAGGACCUGAAGAAGCGAUUUGAUCAGCAAAAUGGCGGCAGCACCUCCAUUCCGCGUGCACCACGCCCGACCGUAGUCCCGUCUCGUGUCAAGCGGCAGCAACCAUCCUCGCCCUCGUACUCGGCCGUUCGAAGCGGAAUUGCCUCGGAGGCUUCUGCGAAUCCAAAGCCUUCUGCGACCUCUCCACAUACCCAAAGACCGAAAUUCAUGGCCGAGGAUCAGGUGUCGAAUAACUCACAGUCGUUUGCGAGCCGCCUAGCCAAGCCCCGGAGCGCUACUAGCGGAAACCCAAAAUCGUCGCCCUCCAUGACGCAUCCGUCAACCAACACCACCUCACCACAACAGUCCCUGUCACCGACCUCGUCAAAUACAAUCCACUCGCAGGGUCUACUCUUCGGCGAGAUCUUGCCGGAGCAGUACGACACCUCAGCACUGGGUUUUGGUAUCGAGAGCCUACGGCAACCUGAAGCAACAGAGUCCCGCACCAAUGGCCAAUGGACACAUCAGCGAAGCCUCUCUGACCCCGACGUCGACCUACCGUCCCCAGGCAGUUGGCCCAACGCUGCUGGAAAUACAGAGACGAAGCCUCCGCCUGUGCCGGCUCCUACCACCAGGUCCUCACGAUCCCAUAGCGAUGCAUCAAGUCGCAAACCCCCUCCCCAACGCAUAGCCCGCAAACCAGCGACGCGAAAACCAAACUCCCCCGACCCAAGGCUACCACCCUCAUCAUCCAAAUUGCCUCGGUCAGUACGGAAGAUUAAUGGCCCUGACGACUCAUCCAGCCCCUCGUCGACUCGCUCCAGCUCGCCGAUAACCCUCAAGCGCCAACCAGGAGACGGUAGGACAUCAAGAGCCACUACUCCUACCACUCGUGCCAAAACCCCAACAUCCAGGGCUAGAACUCCUAUACAAUCCGGCACUAGACUUCAAACAUCUUCAACCGGGCUUCCUACACCCAACAGCAACGGCCGGCUUCAGGCAUAUGCCAUACCUCAACCAAAGCUCUCGCCGCCCUUGAGAAGUUCUCGGCCCCGCCAACCGGUGUCCGUCGCAACAACAGCCAGCUCCCGAUUAAAAUCUGUCGAAAAGCAGAGGUCUGUUAGUGCGUCUGUAGCACUGAUGCAUUCGAAGCCUAUAGAUCCUUCGGCGAGACGGCGCAAGAUCUCGGUUGGGCCCAUCGAUUUUGAGCAGCGCCGUGAACAUAUCCGACUCGCAUACAGCAAGUCUCUAAAGGAAAGCCAGGCCCUGGAAGCGCGGCAGCGAGCAGCGGAGAAGCGACGAAAGGAAAUGGAAGAGGCCGCAAAGGCCAAAGCCGCUGCCGAGGCCGCCACAAAAGCAUCCAUGGUUCCCGAUACGCACGAGUCGCUAGGGAAGAAGACACUAGAGACUAUAGAACAACUCAAGGGAGACACUGUCCACACCAUCGUUGAAGAGCCCCAUACACCGGAGGAGACGACUCCCAUCGAGGCCAGAGAAGAUAUUCUCAACGAAACGCCAGUACCACCAAGACUAGUCAGUACGACGGCCGACGAUAAACUUGCUUCGACCGUAUCUAUCGUCAAAGUCCCUGACUCGCCGACAUUGGGAGUUCCGGGUAGCUUUCCCGAAGUUGCCCCCCCUCUCCAGACGACGGAGCACUUGCGGUCGACCGCUUCGCCGGUGUCUGAUACCACGGAAUUCGACACAGAGCCUCAACCCAACCUUGCGGAGACGCCAGCGACACCUCCCAAGGCCCCGGCUGCAGUGGUUAAAUUGCCAAGCCCCCAGCAUCCUGCGUCGCGCCAACGAGCGGAGUACCAAUACCCGUUCGAGGAUGAGCCAGAAUCACCAGAACAGCCCGCUUCUGUCAAGCUUGCACCAGAGGAGCCAUCCAAGUCUCGUAGCAUCGAGACGGUCAGACCUCGCCUGCGACAGAUCAUUCCAGGCGCAUUUGGGGACGAUGACGAUGCCGGCGAGGAGAUGAUCCCCCAAUCAGAGACAGACGAGCCUGAAGCCGCUGUCGUAGUCUCACCGCCUGACAGCGCUAUCGACCAUGAUCACCCAUUAGACGAGCAACCUCCAACCGUACCCUUCCCCAGGUUAGACAUGAUGGAUGAAUCAGAUUGUCACACUGAAUAUGACGAGGAUAUCCCUGAAUCAAAUAGAUCGACUCUGAUUCAUGACCACGAAGAUAUUGGGACAGACGCCUGCACUGAGAGCACGGAUGAUAUUGGGAGAGCAGAAGACUGCCAGUCCGAAUCUCGCUUUGGCGACCAUCUUUCAUCUCGCAGGGCUUCUUCGUGCGCAUCUUCCGAUCCUGGGGCAGGUGAUGAUCUUGAUUACCUAACCUUCAAAAACCAACUCCCUGAAAACCAGCCCAAUAGCCUGCUGGUCCCGCCGACGAAUUCAAAAAGAAUCAGCCAGCACUCGGCCUGGACCGAUCUCACUAUUGACACAUCUGCUCACUCUGAUCUGGAAAAAUCCCCGGAUUUGCUGCAGGACGAUGAUGACAACGAGCCGCAGUCCGCAUUCGGCCAUGUGACCAUAUUUGGAUCCUCAGUGAUAUCACGAGAAACAGAGUUGCAGUCAAAAGAGGCAUAUGAUGAACAAGCGAGCGCACGGCCCUCCUGCAGCAGCUCAAGGGGUUCGUCGGCAUUUUUGGACUACCGGUCACCAGAGACUGAUACCGGUGAUGGUUUCGCAAUUUCCUAUCUGUCAACCGACCAGGUAGCGAGUUCACCUUACAUACCUUUACUAGGCCAUGAGCCGCCCCCCGUUCCACCAUCCGCUUCUGGCUCGGCGAUGGAUUCCAGAAGAGCUUCGAGCGCAUUCUAUGAUCAAUCACAGCGUGGAAGCACGCUGAUAUCCUCCAGCCGUGAGAGCGGCGACUUCGCCUCCCAGAUGGAGACUCCUCAAACUGCUGAUACCAACUCCAUUGCCACCUCGGACCAGUACUUCGGGCCCUCGCCCAACGGGGAUGCUGGCGUGAAUCCAGAUGUUACAGAAGGGGAGGAGCUCACUGACAAAGACCGGCGCCGUUUGGUCCAGCGUCGCAAUGUCAUCAAAGAGCUUCUAGACACGGAGGCUGUCUUUGUCAGAGAUAUGAAUAUUGUAGAAGAAAUCUACAAAGGCACCGCAGAAGCUUGUCCCAAGUUGGACAACAAGACUGUCAAGCAGAUAUUUAGGAACACGGAUGAGAUCAUCACGUUCCACACAUUGUUUCUUGGCCAGAUCAAGGAGGCGGUUUCCAGUGUCUACGUGCCGAAAACAGGUCGCAAAGUGCCUAAAGAAGAUCGUUCUGUCGAGCCCCCUCCUUCGAGCAAAACAGUCAGCGAUGCGAAAGACCGCGAGGUAUUGCUCGGGCCCGUGUUCCACCAGAAUAUGGAGCAGUUACAGGCAGUGCACGAAGGUUUCCUACGAAGCAGUGACCUGGCGGCAAAGAGACUAAUACAGAUCCAGCAGGAUCCAACAGUCAAGGUUUGGUUGAAUGAGUGUAAUGAAGUGGCCAAAGACCUCACUGCCGCGUGGGACCUGGAUUCACUCCUGAUCAAACCGAUGCAACGUAUCACCAAAUAUCCGAAUCUCAUCAUCACUCUUUUACAACAUACGCCCCAAGAUCACCCAGAUCGAGAAUAUCUUACAUCAGCCAAAGACACUUUAGAGACAGCUAUCAUUGAGAUUAAUAAGACCAAGAAGAACUUUGAGCUCGUUGGCCAGAUCGUGGGCAACAGGAAGCGAAAAGAAUCCGACGUGAAAUUAGGCAUUGCCCGAGCUUUCGGCAAGAGAGUGGAUAAGCUACAACCAACAGGAAAUCGACCUCCAGAGGACCCUGACUACGCCAAGAUGAGUGAGAAGUUUGGCGAUGACUUUCUCAGACUGCAGGUGGUACUCCGUGAUGUUGAAUUUUACACCCGGCAAGUGGCCACCUAUGUGCGAGAAUUCCUCAACUACCUAUCCUCGGUCGAGCUUGUGAUGAGGCUGCAAUCGGGCAAUUAUCCUGAAAUCGAGAGCAAAUGGGUCCAGUUCAAUAUUUCCAUCCGGGACCUAGAAAAGGUUGCCCUUGACGAUCAUUUGACCCAAGUUCGAAAGCACGUCAUUGAGCCUUUCGAGCAGGUAAUCAAGGCAUACGGCAACCCGUCACUGGCGAUGAAGAAGCGGCAAAAGCGAAGACUCGACUUUGAGCGCAUGGAACAGCUGAAGCGCGGAGGCAAGACAGGUGACGCGAAGCUUUUGGAGCUUGUCGAGCAAUAUGAGGCUCUCAACGACACUCUCAAGAAAGAACUGCCAAAGCUUUCUACGCUUACUGAGAAGGUUGGCAACAUCUGUCUCAGCAACUUUGUCCGGAUCCAGGCGAAGUGGUACGGGAUCUGGAAGGAGAAGAUGAAGAAGGUCUUGGUCGACUGCCCAGACAAGCCUGAUCUCGAAGAAGUCGUUGCUUCGUUUCAGAGAGACUUCCCUUAUGUGCAGGAACAGCUCGCGAGCAUCGGCAUUCUCCAACCAAUACCAAAGGGUCGCCCGUCCCAGUCGACAGCAGCAAGCAGCGAUGAUGUUCUUGUAUCCAAAAUCCGUUCGCCGCGACCUUCUGAUGUCGAUACGGGUCGGGGCCGGCAGCUAUCGCUAAACGGCGAAUCAAUACCCUCUCUGCCCACUCCAGACUUUGUCAAGCGGAACAGCGAGUCUCUAUCCAAUUCACCCACAACCGGAAACAAGCCUUUGCCUGCCAGCCCCCAUCAAUACUACUACAGAGACUACUACGCAGGGGCGGGGCAGUCCAGCAGUUCUACUUCGGCAGUCACAACGGACAUGACGAACAGCUCAAGGUCCGUCACUGGAACGGCACCCACGUCAACUCGACCUAGCACCGGGCGGAGUUUUGAUUCCGGCCCCGUCCCGAGGCAGAGCACGGAGUCGGCGUCCCUCCAUCGUCGUGACUCAAAUACUACAUAUGGCUCCAGCCAAGUGCCUCAGGACAAGAGAUUCUCGGGAUUGUUCCACUCGGCUCUGCCGCUACCGGACGGCCCAGAAGAUAGAGAUCGGUCUUCCCGCGCAUCAUCUCGGGAGAGAGUUCCGACACAUGAUGGCUACAACGUUCUCUGGCUUGCGGCAUCGCUCUUCGAGUUCAACAUUGCCACCACCAAACACGAGGCCGGCUAUCCAUACCUCGUAUAUCAGGCUGGUGAGAUCUUUGACGUGAUAGCCGAAAAGGGCGAGCUAUGGCUUGCCAAAAACCAAGACGACCCAGGCGAGCAGGUUGGCUGGAUCUGGUCCAAGCACUUUGCGAAGCUUGCAGAUUCAUAA